AUGUCGUCCCGCCCGGGCGCGGACGCGAUUCCCGUCGCGCGGCCGAAGCACCUCGGCCGCGGCGACGCCGCGAGGGACGCGCGGAGGGAGACGCUGCGUCUCGUCGCGGAUCUGGACGCGUUCCUCGAGCGCAAUCUGAAGCGCGCGUCUCAGCUGACGGCGUUCGCGCCUCCGUCGACGUCGUCGCCGUCGCCGCCGACGCGACGGAACCCCGCGAAGAGCGCGUUCAACGCCGCGACGCCGAGGAGCGAGGCGGCGCGCGAGGACGCGACUGCGACGGCGACGGCGUCGACGUCGUCGGCGACGGCGACGGCGACGUCUCCCGCGCGCGUCGCGGGGACGGACCGCGCGACAUCGUCGUCGUCGUCGCCGCGUCGCGGCGGCGGCGUGGACGCGCCGCUCCUCGCGUCCCCGGUCGCGAGCGCGAGCUACGGCGCGGCGGACAGACCUCGAGCGCGCCGGUCGCUCGUCACGACCCCGGCGCCGGUCGCGCCGGGGUCGGCGAGGGAGAGGAAGACGGCUUCGGAGCGGGAGGGAGACGCCGAGCGAGGAGGAGGAGGAGGAGGAGGAGGAGGAGGAGGACGCGGCGGCGGCGGAGGGAGGUUCGCAGCCAUCGAUCGCGUCCUCGCCGUGCGCGAGCGUCGCGCCGCGCGGGACCCUCCGCGCGCUCCCGUCGCCGCCGCGACGACGACGGAACGACACGCCGCCGCUUCCGACGCGUCCUCGUCGUCCGACGACGACGACGACGACGACGACAACGUCGGACGUCGCGUACGCUUCGACGGCGACGCGUCCGAUAUCGUGAACUCGCUCAAGGCGAACGCCGCGGCGAUGGCGGCGAUGGUCGCGGAGGUCACCGCGACCGCGAUCGCGCGAGCCGAGGGCGGCGGCGGCGCGCGGGUCGUGAACUACUCGUCGUCUUCCUCGGAGGAGGAGGACGACGACGACGACGACGACGACGCGCAGCUGUGCGCGGUCCCGUCGGGCCUCCGCGCGUACUCGCCGCUCGCGAGCCCGAGACGACGUCUUAAGCCGACGGCGGCGACGUGGUCGCCGACGCGUAAAGGCAGCGUGCACACCGCGCAGCAGCGGCAGCACGCUGCGGGCACGAAACCGAAAUCGAAAACGGUCGAGGCGCAGCCGUUAGACGACGACGACGACGCGGUUCUCGAGGAGCUUCGAAGUCUCCGCGCGCGCUUACGCCGCGACCCGAACCCCAACGGUCCGUCGCCGGGCUCCUCCGCGGCGUCGCGAUCGCGCGGCGCGCGCGUCUCGAGCGCGCUGCGCGACGUCGAAGACGCCGCGGCGACGAGGAUACAGGCGCGCUACCGCGGCGGCGUCGAACGCGCGGCGUUACCGAUGUUUGAAAAAGCCGUCCGACACGCGUCGCGCGCGGCGGCGCGGCGGCUUCGACGCGCCGCGCGCCUCGCGAUCGCCGCCUGGGCGUCGCUCGCGCGCGCUCGACGCAGGCUGCGCUCGAAAGCGCGCGCGUGCGUCAUCAAGCACGGGAAGUGGGCGCAUCAUCACCUCGGCGGCAGCGUCGGAAGAGCCGGAGAGGCGGCGGCGUGGCGAGCGCGCGACGACGACGGCGUCGCCGGCGUCGCCGACGCGUUUCGAGACUGGCGUCACGCGGCGUGGUCGUUCACGCGAUGGCGCGAGUGGGCCGCGUUUGAGGCGCCGGUCGUGAACGCGAGAGAGGGCAGUGAUGCGGCGGCGUGUUUGAGCGUGAGCGUCAGCGGGGAGCUCGUGCGGAAGUCGGUGGGGGACGGGACGAUCGAAGUCGUCGCGGGCGGCGGCGCGAUCGGCGGCGGCGGCGGAAUAGGCGGUCGAGGCGGACGACGGCGCGCGGAGCUUUCGAGUUCUUCUUCUUCCUCCUCGUCCGAGAGCGAAGAGGAGAGGGAGGUCGUUGGGAGAGCGCGCGCGUGGAGGACCGCGCGGGAGGACUCGGACUCGGACUCGGACUGGUGA